GCAAUGGAACUGACUGGAAAACAGAGAUUUGAUUGAUGUUGCACGAUGGUAUUCCAGCAGGACUUUUUAUACACCAUAACAAGGUGUUAGCCAAAAUUUAUUUUGAAAUCUUAGAUUUACACACAUUUUUGAAAGAGAGACCAUGAAUUCUCAUUGCCUUAUAAUUCUUAGUAUGAUGUUUCCCCUCCAUUCUAUCUCUGCCCAAGCCACUCCAUGCAAUGAGGGGUGCUCUCUCAUACAAACAAGAAGAAGAAUUAUUGCCUGGCACGUUGACUCCAAUAUGAAACACAUGGUGCCUCAGAUGCAUGUCACUUCUAUUGAAAGCUCAAAUAGUGAAGCCACAAUAGACCUGAGAUCAUGGAGGGGCCAUAAAAACUGGCAUCAUCGUCGUCGUCUCAGAAAUGCCUAUAUGGUUUUAAUCGUUAUAGGAUGGGGAACUUUCUUGCCCAUUGGGGUGAUUAUUGCAAGGUACUUUAAAAAGAUUCCCAUGUUAAGCAAGGAGUGGUAUUCAUUUCACAUAAUAUUUCAGAGCAUUGGAUAUAUUUUGGGCACAAUCGGAUGGGUAACUGGGAUAUGUCUUGGAAAUACUUCCCAACAAUUUGCCAAUAGAACACAACGCAUUCUAAGUAUCCUUGUAUUUACCUUCCUAACUGUACAAAUGCUUGCCAUUUUUUGGCAACCAAAGAAAGAAGAUGAAUUUCGCAAAUGGUGGCAGAUAUACCAUCGUUUUCUUGGGUGUGCAGUAAUUUCACUAAUUAUAGCAAACAUAUUUGUGGGGAUCAAUAACCAAAGUCAAGCUGAGAAAUUGAAACUGGUUUACGCCGUAAUACUCGGAGGUUUAGCUUUAAUAGCUCUAGCAUUGGAAAUUUUCCGAUGUUUUACGUACAAAAUACUUCAUCGUUCAAUGGAAUUGAACAGCAACAUGUACACUUGCCCCUGA